AAGCUUUGUCGUCUGCUUCUGUUAAAUUAUAAGCGCUACCCAUUUGUUUUACAUAUUGACAUAAUAUUGAUGUAUUUUAUUUACACAAUUAUUAUUAGUUGGGGGUUUUAAUGGGUUGUCUUUGUGACAAAGCCAAGAAAUCAAAAAACUUCCCGGAAGAUACUAAUAAAGGAUAUUCCUGGGACCAACGGAGGCAGAAUAUAGAUCCUAAGGACUUCACUGUUGAAAACACAGAAAACACUGAAGUCUGGAAAUUGCCUAGAUCAAUAAAUGGGCAGCAGUUUGUAAUCAGGAAUUGUAAAAAUGCCAGCAUCUACCUGUUGGACCACAUAAAUACACUCACAAUAGAUGACUGUAGUGACUGCAAGUUUAUCAUUGGUCCUGUUAAAGGAAGUGUGUUCCUACGAGACUGCAAUGAUUGCACAUGUCUAGUGGCUUGCGGACAGUAUCGGAUGAGAGAUUGCCAUAACGUAAAUGUAUUCCUGUGCUGUCCCACUCAACCUAUCAUAGAAUCGUCACGAAGAAUACACUUCGGAUGUUACCAACUGUAUUAUGAUCAGUUGGAAGAGCAGUUCAGAUCAGCAGAGUUGAGUGUGUUCAACAACAACUGGAGUAAUGUUCACGACUUCACCCCUACUCAUGGGGACACCAACUGGUGUAUCCUACCGACCACCAUGACUGUCCAUGACUACUUCCAACAACCUUCUCACGAUGUUUUGAACAUCUCAUUAGACAGAAGCCGAAGUGUGGUUCCCCUGACAACUGGAAUACACCCUGACCCGUCAGAAGACUUGGAAGUUUGCUUGGUCGUCUUCUUUUAUGAUAGACAUGAGGAGGUGCUGUCCAAAUCCUUCAUCAAUAAACUUUUGGAAGAUAGGCCAUCCUGUUGGAUAGUAAACUGCAGACAGCUAUCGCUGGAGCCCAGGGACGCUGAGGUUGUAUUCAGCUCUCCUGCAUACAAUCGGCUGGCACAGGCUGGUCCUCUUGUGGGCGUGGUGUGUGCUGGCUCCAGAGUAAUCUACUCCUGCCAGAAAACUGUAGAGAAGACAGCACAUUCGGUAGAACAGGUUUAUGUCAGUAACAAUCCCAGGACAUCCUCUAUACAAGCAGAAACCUUCAUCAGCAUUGCAGCAAUGCUGUUGUCUACAGGUGCCUUUUAGUAUUAUUGUACCUUAGUUUUAAAACCUGCAUCUUUGUCCUCACAUAACUUUAAAAGGUAGUAGAACAAAACUUAAUUUAUAGCAUAGUAAUAAAUUAAUUUUUACUGUU